AGUAUCGUUCUUGUUCCGUGCAUCUUCGACUCUCCUUUUAUAGCCUUUCCUUUAGUUCUUGUGGGGCGGGUCGGCACAGUGCAUGCGGCAACGGCGCACCCAAACGGCUUUCAUUCCACAUCGUGUCGUAGUUGUUGUUUCUAUUUCCAGCUGCAACGAAUACUCCACAAUACGCUUCUCCCUCUCUCUCUUCUGCCGUCUCUUCGUUGCUGCGCGAACUCAAAAGGGUUGCUGCCCUUCUUUUCCGUCUUGCAUUUUGAUCAAGUAAAGAAAUCCACAAGUCGCAAAUGAACCGACUUAGUCGCUUCGUGGCCGAGGAGGACGGGGUGGUCGCCCUCCCACUGUGCGUGUGGCGACUGCGCGGUCCGGGGCGGGCACGGCGUCUGCCACCCGGGUCGACCUACCGCUCCGCCGGGGCCGUGCUGCGCCGGGUGCUGCUGUACAACGAACACGGGCAGGCGCGCGUGCAGGUCGUCCGCAGCGACGGUCUCGACACCCCUAGAGAAGGCUCAUUUGGUCGUCUCUCGUCUACCAAGACCACAUCCACCACAGCAGCGGUUGCGGAGACGUGGACGACAGCCACCGGCGCACCCACAGCGGCCUUGGCAAGCAGAGGGAUGAGCACGCCGGCGGGUGGCCACGACGCGGGUCCGGUGGCGGAGGGGAGGGACGAAGGUGGCGAUGCCGGUCGAUCGGCGCCCAUGGCCAGCUCGAAUGCAAAAGAGGCGCUCACGAAGAGCCAGCUACGGCGCGAGCGAGCCUCGACGUUGGUGGCCGAGACGGAGCGACGCUACGAGGAGGCACAGGAGUCGUCUCUGGCGAGUCUCCUGCAGACCCUGCCGCUGCUGCGCGUGGUGCCACCACUGAGUCUGCAGCAGCAGGCCUACACACGCGAGACCCUACCGUCGACGACAGCAGGACCCACCCACACCGCUGUCGCCUCUCACAACACGACGGGUAAUACAAUCAACGCGGCAGACGCCGGCUUCCCGGCAUCAUCCCGCUCAGCCAUGAAUUGCAAUACGACUGGCAGCACGAACAUCCUCACCAGCAAUGUCCUGCAGGGCCACGCCUCGCCCACGGCGCUCCGCGCAGCGCAGGCGCGGUACGGCGGUGGUGGCGGCAGCGGGGCGCAACAGAGCGCUGCUAUGCGCGAUGGGCGAAGGCUUCGUUUGAGCUCCGCUAUUGUGCUCAGCCAGGAAGAAACGGCGUUGAUGGCCGUGAACGACGCACCACGCGGGCAAGCGGGCGCCACGACUACGACCGCCGACCCGCUGCCUUUAGCAGCUGCAUCCGCAGGCCAGCGGUGUACGUCUCCUCCACCACCCUCUUCGCUUCCUUCACCAUCGCCAUCACUCAAAGACGCUGUUCUUCUUCCACUGGCGACUGACACCACUGCUGCCGCUGCUGCUGCCCCAGACACACAGGCAUCCCCACUCCGCGACAUCUUCAUCGACGGUGGUCUCGGCGUGACAAUCAAGCUGGGGUCGUCGUGCGACGAGCCGAACUCGUUGCGCUGUGUUGCCUGGGGCGGGUGUCGACCGGCGAUGCUCCGCGCUGUUAUCUGGCGUCUACUCAGCGAUUACGCCCCUGCGCAGGUGGCUCGGCAGCACACGGAGCUGCAGCGCAAGCGCCGACAGUAUGAAGGCUACACCCGUCAGUACUGCAGUGCGCUGACGAUGCUGGCCGUCAGUGAGGCUUCUGCGGCGUCGUCGCCGUCGGCCGCAUCGACGCCGCAGCUCUCUGCCCCACCCCUUUCGUCCGGGUUCGGCGGCGCCGUCCACCUCGGCUCCGUCUCGCUCUCUCGCCUGCCUGUCCCGUCGAACCCGCACAACUUCUCGCGGAAGAGCCCUGACAUCUACAACCCAUCUGGACGUGGCGGCACGAGCAGCAACGUCAACGUCGCAGCUGCCGCGUCGCUCGCACCGCAUGAGCGGGCGAUCCUGCACCAAAUGCUGCUGGACCUGCCACGGCACCAGUCGCCAGUCUUCCACGCUCGCCGCGCCGUAGCGGGCAUGGCGCGGUGCCUCUUCCUCUGGUCCCAGCGGCAUCCUGCGGUGGGGUAUGUGCAAGGCAUGGACGACGUGGUGGCCGUUUUUUACCAGGUGUUUUUGACGGACGCACUGCGGCAGCACGCGCGAGAGCAGCUGGCUCGAUGGCAGCGGCAACGUCGUUGUUCAUCGACCUCCUUACCUCAAUCCACCAUGCUGCCACCGCCCGCGCUAGCGUUCACCGAGGCGGCGGACGUGGAAAACAGCGGGGACGAUAACGUAACUGCGGCGGGAGCGGAGGAGGCGCAGGGCGGCAGCGACCGCAGCACGCGUGACAUUAUGCACUUUCUACUCGCUUCGGUACAUCCGCACCGGCCGCCCACAUCGGCAUCGGUGCCGUCGACGCCGAACUCUGUCACGGCUGCUGCCACCGCUGAGUCCGCUGCGGCGCUUUCGUCAAGUGUGUUCAGCAGUGCAUCCGCCUCUCUCUCUCCCUUUCUGACGGAGGCAGACGUUGAUGUGCGCUUCCGCACUUCUGCUGCCCUGGACGCCGCACUCGCCGAUCUCCCGGAGAGCUACCUCACCCAAGUAGAGGCGGACACCUACUUCUGCGCGGGGCGCAUGCUGUCCUUCUUGCAGGACAACUUCAUGACGGGUCAGCCCGGGAUCCUACGCGGUGUGCGACGGCUCGAGUCCCUCGUGCGUGUCGUUGACCCGGCGGUGGUGACCUUCCUCGGCGCGUACGGCCUUACGGUGAUGGAUGGGUGCUUUCAGUGGCUGCACUGCUUGCUGGCGCGGGAGUUGCCGUUAUCCUUGCUGCUGCGCUUAUGGGACUGCUACUUGGCGAUUGGUGUGGGGGGCGACCAGCCGAUGGGUCUCAGCGCAUCUCCCGGUAUGUCGACCUCUGCGGUGCACGCGAGUACUAGCACUAGUGGUAGUGGUGGCGGGGGCGCUGCCUCUUCCAGUGAUGAGGCAGUUAUGUACUUCCACGUGUGUGUCUGUUGCGCGUUACUGCGAGCCUUGUGCACGAAUCUGAUGGGCGGGGCAGCUGCUGCUCCUUCCACCGCCGCCCCCACUACAACUCCAGCGUCGCCCGGCACGAUGGUGGGCGGGUGGGCAGCGGCGUUGGUCACCGCCUUGCCGAGUUUCCGCACGCGGGCGCCGCAGAACAGCGGAGAAGGUGGCGGAGACGCCGCCGCUGCUGCCGCUUUGCGUGCAAAGCCGUCCAUUGACGUCGUGAUGACGACCAUGAAGCGUCCAUUUGAGGCUCUCUUCCCAAAAUACCCCUCCACCGCUGUGCGGCAGCAACGACUGGAUGCGGAGCUGCAGGGCGGCGUCGCUUCUCGUGGGACCCUGACACGACAAACAUCGCCGUCGGAGGAGUCGAGUGAGGCGGCAGCGGCGGAGCGCUGGCUUGACCUGCUUAUUGCGGACGCCUACUGCAUCUGGCGCCUACACCCCUUGAGCUCUUAA